AUGAAGCCCUCUACAUUGAUAUUUUGCCUCGCACCCACGAUAGCCAUCGUCGCGGCUGAAUUUCCGCAUGCCGUCGCACCCAGCCCGCCACCGAACGGCUCCCCAUCAAGACACUUACCAGAUGUACAAAUACAUCCUGAAGACGAACCGCAAAUACCCUCAGAAGCGCAACAGAUGUUCCACCUACAAGUCGCAGAUACCCAAACGAAACUAGACAUGGAGUCCCUUCCACUUCUCCAGAGGACAGCACUUUCUCUACGGACGCCACGGUCGUCGACCGAGUUGACCAAGCGGAGCGAAGGCACAUUAGGACAGACACCUUGGAUUGGAAUGGCUAUAGGGCUGACCUGCACGACUAUGGCAGCCGUGAUGCUGGGAUAA